AUGAAUUUUCAAGAUAGCCCGUCAACGAGUUCUAACACUCAAAAAAGUAUGAAAACAAAUAUUUUAUCUGAUAGCGAGUUACUGGAUAUUUUAGAAAAUGGUACGUUUUCGUCGGAUGAAGAUUUCGGCAUUGAUUCGAAUGAUGAUGAUGAUGUAUUGGAUACAGGUAAUUUAUCAGAUGAAAAUGAAAUAGACAAUGAAGAUAAUAAUUCGUGCAGUAUUGAUAAUAAUUUGUUGAGUUGUAAUGAAAAUCAAUACGACUGGUUUACUGAAUCCCCGACUGUAGAGAAUAUUGUCUUUAUAGGUACACCUGGUCUAAAAUAUAUACCAGAAGGAGAUCAACCUAUAGAUUACUUUAAUUUUUUAUUUACUGACGAAUUGUUGGACCUUCUUGUCGAAGAAACAAAUGCUUAUGCGGUUGAUAUUUUACUUAGUACUACUUCAAAUAAUGCGCGAAUUUCUACUUGGUUUGAUACUAAUAAAUCAGAAAUGAAGUUAUUUUUUUCAUUACUCUUCCAUAUGGGUACAAUAAAACUAGCUAGGAUAGAAGAUUAUUGGAAGACAAACAUGUUAUUCAACAUCCCAUUUUUCCGCGAGCACAUGAGUCGAAAUAGAUUCAUGUUGUUACUUCGGGCUUUACAUUUUUCUUGUAACCCUAAAGAGGGGGAACUGGCUCCUAGAAAUAGGUUAUAUAAAAUUCAGCCUAUUUUAAAUUAUUUUAAUUCAAAAAUGAAAGAAAUCUAUGAACCAUCCAAAAAUUUGUCGAUUGACGAAUCAAUGGUUUUAUGGCGUGGCAGAUUAAUUUUUCGCCAAUACAUACAAAAUAAAAGGCACAAGUACGGUGUAAAAAUGUACAUGCUCACCGAACCAUGGGGACUUAUUCAUAGAGUAAUGGUGUAUUCUGGGCAAGGUCAUGACGUAUCCGAAGAUUUGUCUCAUACAGAGUUUGUGGUAGAUAACCUUAUGAAUGGAUUAUUAUAUACAGGUAGAUCUCUAUUUAUGGAUAAUUUUUACAACAGUGUGAAAUUAUCUAGAAACUUGUUAAUAAAGAAAACAUACGUAACGGGAACUUUAAGGCAGAAUCGUAAAAAUAAUCCUAUAGAUGUCAUAAGACAAAAAUUAAAAAGAGGCGAAAGUAUUUGUAGGUAUACGAGUGAUGGUAUUUGUGUUGUCAAAUGGAAGGACAAACGCGACAUUUUAAUGAUUAGUACCGAAUUUCCUCAUGAAAUGAUUGAAAUUUAUACAAAAAAAGAAGUUAAAAAAAAGCCCAUUUCCGUAAAAAAUUACAACGAAAACAUGUCAGGUAUAGAUAGACAAGACCAAAUGUCCUCGUAUUAUCCAUUUGAGAGAAAAACUCUAAGAUGGUAUAAAAAAAUUGGCCUACAUUUUAUGCACUUGUUAUUGAUAAACUCAUAUUACUUGUACAACAAACAUGUUAAAAAAAUGAAAUUGUAUGACUACAGGCUUGCAGUUAUACAAGGGUUAUUGCCUGAUAGUCAAAAUAUUCCAGUCAAUUCAAAAAAAAGGUAUUCUGAAACUCAUUUACCGUUAAAAGUUCAGAAAAAUAGUAAAAAAAGAUAUAUGUACAAAAGGUGCAAAUAUUGUUAUUCAAAAGGAAUUCGUAAGGAUACUAUAUAUUUUUGUGCCGAGUGUCAAGACCAGCCUGGCUUAUGUUUAGAAGGUUGUUUUAAAGAUUUUCACAAACAAACUUAA